AUGUCAUCAGCUCCAAAAGAACUCAAACGACAUGGUCCAACUAAAGGAAUGUCAUUUACACGUCAACAGGCUGAAAUACUUUUCAAACGUUAUUUAAACAAAAAACUUAGUUGGUUCGAAUCUAUUGAUGAAGGUUUAAAUAAUCUUCUUUUCUUUAUUGAAUGUGAAAAUGAUCAAGAAAAAUAUGUUUUAAAAAUUUGUGGCAAUGCUUGGGAAAAUAUUAAAACAGAAUCAGAAGUUAUUGCAAUGACACUCGUUACUAAAUAUACAAAUAUUCCAAUUCCGAAAGUUCUUGCAUAUUCAUCAACUAAAGAUAAUGAAUUUGGAGUCGAAUGGAUUAUUAUGACACGUACACAAGGAAAACCACUUAGGACUUCUUCAGACGAAGAUGAUAUUUGGUCAAAAUUAUCUAUUGAAGAAAAAAAAUCAAUCAUUAAUAAACUUGUUGAAUAUGUAACUGAAUUACAUUGUCGUAUACCUUCUUCAAACAAAAUUGGAAAUUAUCGACUUGAUGGUCAAAUUGUUCAUGAUAAUGAACGGAUGGGUCCUUGGAAAAAUUAUAGAGAAUAUUUUUAUGAUCAUUUAAAACAAAAAAUCGAUACUUUAAAUAAAGAAAAAUUAUUUGAUCUAAUUCGUGAAGAUGUUAUGAAAUCAGUUGAAGAAUUUCAAACAUUUCAACUUCCUUCAUUUGAUGAUCUUCCAAAUGUAUUUACACAUAAUGAUCUUGGACUUCAAAAUUUAACUGUAACUGAUAAUCAUGAAAUAAAAGGAAUUAUUGAUUGGGAAUGGGCUGGAUCUUAUCCUAUUUGUGAAGAAUAUUUUCGUUCAUAUAAACCAAUUGUAUACGAUCAACAAUUAACAAAUUAUCUUUAUGAUCAACUUGAACAACAUAAUAUUCCAACUCCAAGAACAAUACCUCGUUUUUCACUUCUACAAAAACUCUAUGAUUUACUUCAAGCAAUUGUUCCAUGGUAUCUUACUAAUUUAGAUAAUCCUGAACAUCCAAUUGUCGAAAAAGAAUUAUUUAAACAUAGAGAUAAAGUUAAAAAACUUGUUCAACAAAUUAGAGAAGAAUUAAAAUAA